AGCUCCGAAAGGGGAAUUUCAGUGGUAGAUUUGCACGGGUCUGCCGCUUGCCCGGACCUGCUCCUUUAAGACGGUUGCUGUAGGAGUGUCUCUCUCGCUGCCGCUUCAUCUGGGGCGUCUGGAGGGUGGAUGAAGUCAAUGAGCAAAAGGAAGGGGAGCAGCAAACCCAGAGGAGAGACCGGCUGGCGAUCUGAAAUUGGGGACUAGGGAGCCAGCCGCCUGCUCGCCCUGUGCGGACAAUGGAUUCUGCUCCCAAACUCUCCGGUCGUUUGACUUUGCUGCUCUUCAGUCUGUGGCAUCUGGGAUUAGCAGCAACAAAUUAUAAUUGCGAUGAUGCACUAGUAUCCUUGUUGCCUCUGACCGCCUUUGACAGCUCCUCAGAGCUCUUCAGCGUUCACAGUCCCAACUUCGCCAAGCUCAACAGACGGGAUGGAGCUGGUGGUUGGUCCCCAUCAGAAUCUAAUCCGCAACAAUGGCUUCAGAUUGAUCUGGGAGACAGAGCUGAGAUUACAGCAGUCGCCACCCAAGGCAGGUACGGAAGCUCUGACUGGAUAACAAGCUACAUUCUAAUGUUCAGCGACACAGGACGCAACUGGAAGCAGUACAGACAAGAAGACAGCAUCUGGGUCUUCACAGGGAACACCAAUGCGGACAGUGUUGUACAUCACAAACUUCUGCACUCUGUGAAAACCCGCUUCCUGCGCUUCGUCCCUCUGAAAUGGAAUCCCAGUGGAAGAAUAGGCCUGAGAGUUGAGGUCUAUGGUUGCUCAUACAAAUCGGACAUAGCAGAUUUUGAUGGCAGAAGUUCCCUCCUGUACAGAUUCAAUCAGAAAAUGAUGAGCACCUUCAAAGAUGUGGUUUCCCUGAAGUUCAAGAGCAUGCAGGGGGAUGGAGUCUUAUUCCACGGAGAGGGACAGCGCGGAGACUACAUUACACUGGAGCUGCAGAAAGGGAAACUCUCCUUGCACAUUAACCUGGGAGAUGCCAAGCUGCGUUUCAGUACCAGCCACACAUCAGUCACCCUGGGCAGCCUUCUGGAUGAUCAACACUGGCACUCGGUUCUCAUCGAACGCUUCAACAAGCAAGUGAACUUCACAGUGGACAAGCACACUCAGCAUUUCCGAACCAAGGGGGAUUCGGAUCACCUGGACAUUGAUUAUGAGCUCAGUUUCGGGGGGAUCCCAGUCCCAGGAAAGCCAGGAACCUUUCUGAAGAAAAAUUUCCUUGGAUGCAUCGAGAACCUUUAUUACAAUGGAGUCAAUAUAAUUGACCUGGCAAAAAGGCGUAAACCUCAGAUCUACACUGUGGGCAACGUGACUUUUUCCUGCUCAGAACCACCAAUUGUUCCCAUCACCUUUGUCAGCACCAGCAGCAGCUAUUUGCUUUUACCUGGCACCCCGCAGAUUGAUGGGCUGUCAGUCAGCUUCCAGUUUCGAACGUGGAACAAAGAUGGGCUGCUUCUGUCCACGGAGCUGUCUGAAGAUUCCGGAGUGCUCCUGCUUUACCUUCACACUGGCAGGUUGACACUUGUCAUACAGAAAGUGGCAGAAAACUCCAUGGAGAUCAGUGCAGGCAGCAAUCUCCAUGACGGGCUCUGGCAUUCAGUUAACAUAAAUGCCAGAAGGCAUCGCAUCACCCUGACUCUGGAUAAUGACGUCGCCGCAGCUGCUCACGCAACCACUCUCUUGCAGAUCUAUUCUGGGAACAGCUACUAUUUCGGAGGGUGCCCUGACAAUUUCACCGAUUCCCAAUGUUUAAAUCCCAUUACUGCUUUUCAAGGCUGCAUGAGGCUCAUCUUUAUUGAUAACCAGCCCAAGGACCUCAUUUUAGUUCAGCAAGGUUCCCUGGGGAAUUUUAGUGAUUUACACAUUGAUCUGUGUGACAUCAAAGACAGAUGUUUGCCCAACUACUGCGAACAUGGAGGAAAAUGCUCCCAGUCCUGGACCACCUUUUACUGUGAUUGUAGCGAAAUGGGUUACAUGGGAGCAACCUGCCAUAACUCCAUCUAUGAGCAGUCGUGUGAAGCCUAUCGUCACAAAGGGAAGACGUCUGGUUUCUUCCAUAUUGAUUCUGAUGGAAGUGGACCGCUUGGACCGUUCCAGGUUUACUGCAAUAUCACAGAAGAUAAGAUCUGGACUGCGGUACAGCACAACAACACAGAGCUAACCAGAGUCCAAGGGGCUGAUCCUGAGAAACCAUAUGCCAUGUACUUUAACUACAGCAGCAGCCUGGACCAGAUUGAGGCCAUGAUAAACAGCGCGGAGUACUGUGAACAGGAGGUGGCUUACCACUGCAAAAAGUCACGUCUGCUGAACACCCCGAAUGGAAUGCCAUAUGUUUGGUGGGUUGGCCGUGCCAAUGAAAAGCAUCCUUACUGGGGAGGAUCUCUUCCUGGAGUUCAGCAAUGUGCCUGUGGACUGGAAGAAAGUUGUCUGGAUAUGAGAUAUUUCUGCAACUGUGAUGCCGAUAAAGAAGAAUGGACACAUGAUACUGGCCUUCUUUCCUUCAAAGACCAUUUGCCUGUAACUCAACUCCUGAUCACUGACACAAACAGGUCAAACUCGGAGGCUGCUUGGAGAAUCGGCCCCUUGCGUUGCCAUGGAGACAGACAGUUCUGGAAUGCAGCUUCCUUCAACACAGAGGCCUCCUAUCUUCACUUCCCCACCUUCCAUGCCGAGUUCAGCGCAGACAUUUCCUUUUUCUUCAAAACCACGGCUGUGUCUGGGGUCUUCCUGGAAAACCUUGGGAUUAAGGAUUUCAUCCGCAUCGAAAUAAGCUCCCCUAAGGAGAUCACCUUCUCCAUAGAUGUUGGAAACGGGCCUAUAGACGCUACGGUGCAGUCUCCCACUCCUCUGAAUGACAACCAGUGGCACUUCGUCCGAGCCGAGAGGAACCUCAAGCAAACAUCUCUGCAAGUGGAUAACCUUCCUAAAAAGAUUCUGGAGGCACCUGCCGAGGGGCAUUUUCGUUUGCAGCUUAACAGUCAAUUCUUUGUAGGGGGAACAGCUUCAAGACAGAAAGGUUUCCUGGGAUGCAUCCGCUCUUUACAUUUAAAUGGGCAGAAACUGGACCUGGAAGAGAGGGCUAAAAUGACCCCUGGAGUCAAGCCUGGCUGCCCAGGACACUGUAGCAGUUAUGGUAAUCUCUGUCACAAUGGAGGCAAAUGCGUGGAGAAAUACAACGGUUAUUUCUGUGACUGCACCAGCUCUCCCUACGAAGGGCCUUUCUGCAAGGAAGAGGUUUCUGCAAUGUUUGAAGCUGGCACCUCAGUUACCUAUAUUUUCCAAGAGCCUUAUCCAGUGACAAAAAAUGCAAGCACUUCAUCCUCUGGCAUUUAUGCAGACGCCAUUACGUCCAAGGAAAACAUUGCAUUUAGCUUCCUGACAACACGUGCUCCAAGCCUCCUGCUCUACAUCGACACCUACUUUCAUGACUAUUUGGCUGUGAUUCUCUCCAGAAAUGGAAGCUUACAAGUCCGAUACAAGUUGAGUAAGGAUGGCUUCUUCAUUUUCACCAUUGACUCUGGAAACCUUGCCAACCGGGAAUUACACCAUGUGAAGAUCAACAGAGAAGGAAAAGAACUCCUCAUUCAGGUUGAUCAAGUUCUCAAACUCAAGCACAACCUCUCGGAGAUUGACUUCAAGGCCAUCAAAUCGCUCACCUUGGGCAAGGUCGGAGAUAGUCUGGGACUAGAUUCUGAGGUCUUGAAGGCAAACUCAUAUGGCUUUAUUGGAUGCCUGUCCUCUGUCCAGUACAAUCACAUAGCUCCACUGAAGGCCGCCUUACGACAUGCCAGCAUAGCCCCCGUGACUGUCAAAGGCUCCUUGACUGAAUCGAGUUGUGGAUACAUAGCAGAGGCUGAUGUGAACACCAUCACCACAGUAUAUUCCUCAUCAGAUCCCUUUGGGAAGUCGGAUGAGCGGGAGCCCCUCACCAAUGCAAUCAGAAGUGAUUCAGCUGUUAUUGGAGGUGUAAUAGCAGUCGUAAUAUUCAUCAUCUUUUGUGUCGUGGCCAUCAUGAGCAGAUUCCUCUACCAGCACAAACAGACACAUCGAAGUAGCCAGGCGAAGGAGAAAGAAUACGCAGAAAACCUCGACAGUUCCUUUAAAACUGACGUUGACUUGCAGAACACAGUGACUUUUAACCUUUUGGAAGGAGACUGCCCUGCACAGGAGAGACUGGCAGACACUUCAAUGCCUCAUUCCCUUCACAAAAACUACCACAGUUACAUCGACAUCUCAAGAGACCUGCUAUUCUACUCUGGACAGAAUAAGUUCACGGACUUGCAUGGUUGCCUAUUAAGUUUCUGGAUUUCUCAAGUCUUAUGUUGUUUUCUGGAACCAUUUAACUCACCACUGUAUUCGAUCUGAGCUAUAUAAACUAGAGGUAAAGUACUGUAGUUAAAUAAAUAGCAUCACGGCUUUUGGGACAGGGUAGCAGGAAAGAAUGAGACCAAAAUGCCUGAUUUAUUAUAAGAUGCAUUUACACCAAUCAUAAAGUAGCAGCUAGGUCCUCAGUUGAUGUAAUUUGCCAUCAAACUGUUGACUUCAAUGGAAUUACACCAUUUUUCACCAGCUGGGAAUCUGGCAAGAAGUUACAAUUAUUAUUUUCUUUCUCUCUUUAAGCUCCU